AUGCAUCUUUCCUUUACCUUGCUGUCUACACUGGCUGCGCUAUCCUCCGUCGUUCAUGGGAAACCACUCAAAAUUGCUUCAUCGGACGACACAGCCAAGGAGAAGACAACACAGUCCAUUGCAUUCCACAGUGUGAAUGGGUCACCUCAAGUUGUGGGUUCUGAUGAGCGCCACAAGGAGGAAUUUGCUGUUGCGAAAGUAGCACAGUCACAGUCACCUCUUGCCAAAGAUAUGGUGACAACUUCGACAACCUUCCCAAAUCAAGCCAUAUCAGCACCCAAGUACAACGAUACUGCAAAGCUUCUGUUCUGGAACGACGCCAACUUCAAAGGCGACAAAAAGCGCUACCAAGUCUUCGACGAUAAAUGCUACAACCUAUCCAAAGCGCUCACAAACUACGUUCUUUCCGCGAAGCUCGAUCCUAAAGUCUGGUACUGCACGUUCUUCCCCAAGAAAUCCUGUGAGGCGGGCGAUCAUGCAUCGGAUGAAGUCCAUCAACUUCCUGGUGGAGAGUACGAUUUCCUGUUUCCGGAGGGUCUGGAUUUCGUAUCGUUCAAGUGUAGGCUUUACGAGAAACGGCCAGACGAAGCAGUAGCUCGCGCUGGCUCGGAGCUCAGUGCAAGCAGUUCCCACCGCGAGCCACUUCUCUCCGAGUUGACCUCUCCACUCUCAAAAAGCUCCACAAAUAGCAUGCCUUCACCUUUUGGAGUUCGGUUUUUCCUUGCCGAACAAUUCCAAGGCCCGUCGAGCAUCCGAGAAUUUGUGCCUGUGAGGUCCAAUUGCCACGCUCUCACAAGCGCGCCAGAGACAAAUUUCAGAUCAAUCUUGUUAGGCGACGGCAUCAAAAUCUGCUCUUUCUUCCCAGAAACAAAUUGUCGUGGGCCCGUUGUGCUGCAGAAAGACCGAUCAGAUCCUUUCGUUCAAGCAGCAGCAUUGGCUCUCAAGAGUAUCAGAUGUGAGCUGAAGAUUGGCAGUUCUGUGAAUUUUGAGCUCAUAUCCCUUAAAUCCAACUCAAUCGCAGAGCCAGAGGCAGAAGUAAAGAAUGAUUUCCCCAGCGUACAACUCUAUCUCCACCCAAAUUUCUCCGGCCCCUUCAGCAACAUAAUAUACUACCCCGGAACAUGGGGCUGUGUCCCACUCAAGAAACCACAGGAGUUCGCAUUCCACUCCAUCCGAAUGAGUCCGGAGUUUAAGUCGUGCAAGUUUUUCCCGGAUAUGGCGUGUCAUGGAGAGGUCUUGCUGGAGAUUAAGGGGACUGCUACCCUUGUUAGGGGGACGGAGAAUCUGCCGAUUAAGACUAUGUAUUGCUCGUUUGAGUCUUGA